AUGCCCGACGGGAUCUUCGAUCCUGACGAAGAGACCGGGGAGCAAGUCGAGUACCUGAACAUAAGGGCCUAUCUGCCCGAGCAUUAUCAGCCCCGGACAUGGCCGAUCACUGAGAACGCAAGUGUGGGGGAAGCGAUACCACCCAAGCCGAUCAGUCUCUUCACAGACACAACCCAGGAAAGUACGGCGGUCAUCAGCCCAUACACUUCUACAUCACCCUUUUCUCGCAUUGAAAGUCGCUUCAGCCCCAUGGAGCUCAACGGCCUUCUGGUCGAUAUGGGGCAGGAUACGCCCACCAAGUCUUCGCGGACCAAUGAUGAUUUCUUCGACAUGACUCUGGCCGACAUGCUAUCUCGAUCGCAAUUCUCACAGAACACCCAGGCUGACGGGCUGAUGGAUCUGCGGAAGGAGCUCGAGGCCGACGGCAUGCAUGGUGAUGCUAUACGUGGUAUCCUCUGGCGUAAUCUGCUGGAAAUGCACGACGAAGAGGCCAAGACGUGGCUGCAAGGCCUCGCGAUUACGCCGGACAUCAAAGAUCGAUUGCUGAGCGUUGCGAUGCUACGGGCAGACACAAAGGGCGAUGAUGCUGGAACCGUCGAGAGGAAGAGCGGAGACGCUGCCGGCGGUGAAAGUGAUUGCGGUUACAGCAAAGAGUGGCAGAAGACAAUUGCCGACAUCAUCAAGGAGAUGAACACUGAGGAAGUGAAGCACUUGAAAGACAGACUUCUACUGCCUGUUCUUGGGAAGCUGAAGGAACGUGUGAGCUCGGCGCUGGACAAGGUUGUCUGGCAGAAUAUGGAGACAAGUGGUUCGGCCGAAGAUGUGCCCAAGGCGAUCAAGGAUCGUUUGACAGACCACCUACGCGGGCGAGAGCACGCCACUUUCUGGAAAGCUCUGGUGGCUGAUGUGGAGUCGAGAUUGGAGACUGACAUACUGGCGGGUCCGGAGACACGACGGCAACGUAGGGUAGCGGGUAGCGCCAGGGGCGUGGCGGCGGCCGAGUCCACGAUGACUGCCAUACCCCACCGUACCCGUCGCGUGCCCGCCCGGCGCCCUGGUACCACGCAAACGACGAAAGGCACUUCUGGUCGCGAGUCCUAUGCCCCUUCUACGACUUGUGGUGAGGAUGCGCACAACCUGAGCGUGCUCGCGGCGUCGGCGUCCACGUUUAAGCCUCAAGGGGUCGAAAAGAAAGGGAAGAAGAGGAUAUCCGCCAACAGCAAGGGGCAGCGUGCAAUGCUCGACAGAGUGAUACAGCACACGGCGACGGUGUCCCUCUCAUCCUCCCCGCCCGUCACCUCCGAAGAGACCGCGCGCCAGACCGACGCAUUCCUCUCGAACGUCGAGAAGGAGCUUGGUCAAUGGGUUGUGGACUUUUGCGGUACAGGCACAGAGAGAUCUGACCUCCCUCUCGGUACCGGUCCGUCCUCAGACGAGCAGCUAUCAACGCAAGACCGAGUCGACAGGAUCACGACCAUCCUCAAAGAAGCGGCAAGGACCCACGCGGCGGCCCUGGGGGACGAGAGCUAUACGGGCGAGUUGGGAACGAACGAGGCUCUUGCACUGACUGAGCGAAAGGAACGACGACAGAGGCUGAGGCCCGAGGAUGCCCUGUACCACAAUAUGUUCGACGAGAUCGAUGCGUACUUGUCCGCCAUUGAUCCAUUCUGGCGGGCCUCAUGUGGUGGGGCUGGACAAGAGUUGCUGGCGACGAUCGGGUACCUAGGAGUGGAGGCGCGCAUGAGGCGGUGGAAUGAGGAGUGA